UGUGGAAGACCCAAAAGAAAAUCUCUGGAACUUUCAGGCUGGACAAUUUGGAUCUUUCACUUCCAGACCUUUUCGACAUUAAACUUGGGGAAGGAGCACAAGCUCCCAUUACAUUAUAUAUAUUUUAUGCAUCAAAAUAUUUAUAUAAUUAUAGACUCUUCCAACUGUUGACUACAAACUGAAAUAACAAGAACAUAAACUAUAUACGCGUAUCACAUUUUGAUUUUCCUUGUUGCAAAUAUGUUCGGCACCGUCGAGCACGACGAAAUUCGACGCGCUUAUCGUAAGAUGGAUCUGUGGUAUCCUGAUAGGUGGAUCAAGGACCCAAAGCUUGCACUAGAAGCUAAAAAGAGAUUUCAGCGCGUUCAAGAGGCUUAUUCAGUUUUGUCCAAUAAAGGGAAGAGAAGGAUAUAUGAUGCUGGCUUGUUUGGUCUGAUUGGAGAGGACGAUGAUGAGUUACAGGGAUUUGUUGAUUUCAUGCAAGAAAUGGCCUCGACGAUGCAGAAAGUGAGACCCAAGGAUGAGAAAGGCAUGUUGGAGGAUCUUCAAGGAUUGUUAAUGGUUAUGAUGGCAGAUAAUGAAGGAAUGGGAAAGUCUGGGUUAAGCUGGAAUUCAUCUCCAUGUCCUACAAAAAGGACACGUAUCUUGUGAUUCCAGUGUUACAAUUCAAAUAAUUAUUUUGAUCCUCACAAUUUAUCUAUCUGUAGUUUACACAGUUGAGAAUUAUUAAUAUCGUUAAAUUUCUCACCAUUCAGGCAGUAGCACAUCAAUUGAUAAUAUCUCAUCAUUUCAUGCAGUA